AUGCACGCCUCUGCCAUCCUCGUCACUCUUCUUGCCGCCACUGGCAUGGCUGCCCCUAGCCCCGCCAUUGCCAACCACGACGGGUCGGGCGCCAGUCAGUUCAUCGCCCGCCAGGACCCUAAGCUCAAGCAGGCUCAAGACAGACUCACGGGAGCUCGCAACGCUGCCAUGGAGGCCAUCGAGAAUGGCGGUGGCAAAGGCCGCAAGCUCGGAGAGAUGAACUGUGGCACUCUCUGCAGCCAAUGCCAGACUGGCGCCGUCACGUCUGCUGUAGGAAAGAUUGCAAUCUGCGGUACCGCUGCGCUAGGUCUUGCUGUUGUCAGCGGCCCUAUCGGGAUCUUCCUCGAUGUUGUCGGAUUUGCCGGCUGCGAGGCCGAGGCUAUUGGAGAGCUGAACAAGUCUGAGGCCGAGUGCCAGACCAUCGUCGGCUAA